ACACUCACCAGAGUAGAACACUGUGGGACAGCUAUUACCUCUUCAACAUAGAGAGACUCACUACUGCUGAGUUCUGCUGCCCUGGACUGGACCUUCCUGUCUCUCUCUCUCUCUUCUCUGGAUACCUUUUACUCUUCACAGCAGAGGGAGAUUUGUGUCAAAAAUAUGAAGAAACCAACAUCUGUAUUUAGCAAUAUAAAGCUGUUUGUGCUGUGUCAUGGCCUGCUGCAGCUCACCCAGCUCCUGUACAGCUCCUACUUCAAGAGCACCAUCACCACCAUCGAGAGACGCUUUGGCCUCAGCAGUUUCUCCUCUGGCACCAUCUCCUCUCUGCACGAGGUGGGGAACACAAUUCUGAUAGUGUUUGUGAGUUACCUGGGCAGCAGGGUCCAUCGGCCUCGUCUCAUUGGACUGGGUGGUUUGCUGAUGUCCAUCAGUGCUCUGAUCUUGGCCCUACCUCACUUCCUGUCCGAGCCCUAUGACUACGACUCUGUCAUGCAUGAUCGCCAGGACCUGUGUUCCCUCCAGGACACCUCCAACAUCACAGAGGCCUGUGGGAAGACAGAGAUCAAGCGUAUAGCGGACACCAACAACUUGUGGCUGCUGAUGGCUAUAGCUCAGCUGCUGUUCGGGGUGGGGUCUGUUCCCAUACAACCCUUUGGUAUCUCGUAUGUGGAUGACUUCGCCGGACGAGGCAACUCCCCCCUCUACAUAGCCAUCCUGUUUGCUCUGUCUGUGUUUGGACCUGCCUUUGGCUUCUUGCUGGGCUCCGUCAUGCUGAGGAUCUAUGUGGACGUGGACAGAACCGGCUCAGUCACCAAUGCUGAGCUGACCCCUACAGACCCUCGCUGGGUGGGUGCGUGGUGGAUGGGCCUCCUCAUCUCCUCUGCCAGCCUAGCGCUGACCUCCGUCCCAUACUUCUUCUUUCCUCGCAGCAUGCCGCUGGAAAGCAAUAGUGGAACUGAAACUACCAUUCAGAAUGAAGACUCCAAAAAGCCUGAGUUCUCAAUGCUUGAUUUCCUUAAGAUGUUCCCCAGGCUGUUUGUCCGUCUGCUCCUCAGUCCUCUGUUCCUGCUGUUGGUUCUGUCUCAGUGCUGUUUCUCUUCAGUCAUCGCUGGCCUCGCCACCUUCCUCACCAAGUUCCUGGAGAGACAGUACAGCACGACUGCCGCUUACAGCAGCCUCCUCAUAGGUGCGGUGAACCUUCCGUCCGUUGCUGUGGGGAUGCUGGUGGGUGGAGUCAUCAUGAAGAGGACAGGUCUCUCUCUGAAAACCAUCCCUCGUUUCUCUGUCGCCAUGCUCACCAUCUCUGUCAUCCUCAUCAUCCCUCUCUUCUUCAUGGGCUGUCCCACACAGAGGGUGGCGAAGGUCAACUACACACCCCAUGGGUUUCUGGCCACCUGUUAUUCCAACUGCUCCUGUCCGGUUAACGCCUUUAACCCGGUGUGUGGAUCUGACAACACUGAGUACCUGUCUCCCUGCCACGCAGGCUGCAAAGAGUACACCAAAGACCCCAAGAAUAAAUUCAGGGUUCUGAAGUACACAGACUGUAUCUGUAUAGCUUACAGACAGGGUAGUGGUGGGGGUACUGCCCGCCCCGGUCCUUGCCCCAACCAAUGUCCUCACUAUCUACUUCCUGUUAUGUUCCUCAUCUCUCUGGCCGGGUUGAUCGCCUCCCUAACACACAAUCCCAUCUAUAUGAUGGUCCUCAGAACUGUUCCCCAUGAAGAUAAAUCCUUUGCCAUAGGAGUCCAGUUUUUGCUCAUGAGAGUGCUUGCCUGGUUACCAGCCCCAGCCCUGUUCGGCAUUGUCAUCGACAGCUCCUGUAUCUGGUGGAAAUAUUCCUGUGACAACCGGCUGGGCUGUGGUUACUAUAACAAUAACAUCCUGAGGAACAGGUACCUGGGCUUGCAGGUGGGCUUCAAGUUGAUGGGGAUCUUCCUGCUUGGGGUGGUGGGCUGGAAGGUCCUGAGGACCAGGGAGUACAGCCUGGAGAAGAGGCCUGAUGGACCACUCUGAUCUGGGAUACAAUUGACCUCCUGGCUCCCCAUUCCGUCCUCUCUCCCAUCUCACUUUAAAUAGUAAUCUCAGGUCCACUACUGUUCCUUUCAACAGUCUGCUGAGGUGUUCUGUCUGAAUGUACUCUCCUUUACCUACCUGAUCCACCUAACCUGUCUCACAUGAGAGAAGAGACUCACCUAUCAACUGCCAGUGGGCAAAGUCCACUAUGCCUUUCAACCAUAGAAUGUUUCAACGUACUGCUUAAAGUAUCCUCAAACCCAGCUGAUCCUCCUGUUGGAGUAACCUCAGCACUGAAGGACACUCCAGCUCUGGUAAGGAUACUAUAACCCUCAUUCAGGACACUAUAGCUCCCCUUCGACUAUCCUACACUCCUACAAUAUCCCCACACGAGGAAGUUGGUUCAAUAUCCCCACACGAGGAAGUUGGUUCAAUAUCCCCACACGAGAAAGUUGGUUCAAUAUCCCCACACGAGAAAGUUGGUUCAAUAUCCCCACACGAGAAAGUUGGUUCAAUAUCUCCACACGAGAAAGUUGGUUCAAUAUCCCCACACGAGGAAGUUGGUUCAAUAUCCCCACACGAGGAAGUUGGUUCAAUAUCUCCACACGAGGAAGUUGGUUCAGUAUCUCCACACGAGGAAGUUGGUUCAGUAUCCCCAUACGGGAAAGGGGGUUCAGUAUCUCCACAUGGGGAAGGGGGUUCAGUAUCCCCACACGGGAAAGGGGGUUCAGUAUACCUACAUGGGGAAGGGGGUUCAGUAUCCCCACACAGGGAAGGGGGUUCAGUAUCCCCACACGGGAAAGGGGGUUCAGUAUCCCUACAUGGGAAAGGGGGUUCAGUAUCCCCACACAGGGAAGGGGGUUCAGUAUCCCUACAAGGGGAAGGGGGUUCAGUAUCCAUACAUGGGGAAGG